AUGUCCCAGCUAAAACUGCCAAAAGCUUUAGAUGAGGACAUUAAACUAAUUUCGGACUUGGAAUACGUGGAAAUUAAAAAAUGGGAUGAUAGUUUAUAUGAAAACGAUGUCCCGUUUGAUGACGAUAGUCAUGGGAUCGAAUUCGAAGAUUCGUCCCAAGAAUCCGAGGAUUUGUGCCACAAUUUCGAAGUGAGUAUUCACAUAAAGGAGUGCGUCUACGCCAUAAGCAAGAACACCGAAUGUGUAGUGACCUUGCGCAUAGAACUGAGGGAGGACCUGAACCACCCGCUGGUGGAAGUAUGCAGAAUAACGAACUCGUCAAUUCAGCUGAGAACAAACUGCGAAUACUACUUCAACCAAGUGGCAUUCUCGCGUUCUUCAAACACAGGGUUCAGCAUGUAUAAGCUGAUAAUCGACUUUUACAAUUUCCUCCAGAUGGACCCGAGAGGAGGAGAGUUUCAGCAGAUCAGCGAAGGCUCGUCGAUAUUUGAGGACGCAGCAGGAGCUCAGAUAUCGAUGGGAAGCGAUCCCAAGGGCUCUAAAAAGUUUUUCCAGUACUUUUCGAACAACACGUACAACGACCACCUGAAGAAGGUGAGCGGCUACAACGGGCUUUACAGGAACACGACGAGGUACAACAGCAUGGAAAUCAACAGAAAGGAUAAGAUAUACACGCACCUGACGACGCACUCGCGCUACUUCAGAGAGUUCAAGGAGGAGGCGAUACUGGGCUCAGGCUCCUUUGGAUGCGUGACGAAGGUGCUGAGGAACGGAAUUAACUACGCAGUGAAGCAGAUACCAAUAUACGAAAACUACGAAAGCAUUUUGCACGAAGAGGCGGCAGUGCUGGCGAGUCUCCACCACCCGAACAUAGUCAGGUACUACGACGCGUGGCUGGAGCAGUCGCCGGACUACCUGAUAAACAAGUUUAACGUGCAGGCGGUGGACGUGACCGACGAAGAGCACGAGAGGAGAGUAGGAGGCUUUCAAACGCCAAGCACCCUGAAUUAUGAAGACACAUAUGAGGCGAACGGAGGUAACACAGGCACCAACUCGAUAGCUGAUAGCGAAGUGGACAGGAAGAUAGAUCAGGUGUACAAAAGAGAGAAGGAUAACCACAUAGUAAAGUUCUACAACAAGCACUAUAGGAGGAAGAAGGAGAACAUGCCGAAGAAGUGCCUCUUCAUACUGAUGGAGUACUGCGGAGAAGAGUCACUGCUGGAAACGAUCAACACGCACACGCUGCACGAGACGCCGCAGAAGGUGAUCGAGUUGUUCAGGCAAGUGAUGGAGGCGCUGAGCUACAUCCACGAAAAGGGCAUAAUACACAGAGACGUAAAGCCCUCUAACAUCUUUCUCAAGUUUGAAAAUGAAUUUUUGGUAAAGCUGGGUGAUUUUGGAUUAACAGCAAAGUUACAGCAGUCAAAAGGAGAUAAAGGAGUGAAGAGUGAAAAUGGACUGGUGGGUACACUGCAUUACAUGGCGCCAGAACAGCUGGAAGGAGACGCCUACGACGAAAAGGUGGACAUAUUCUCGUCAGGAGUGGUGCUAUUCGAGAUGCUGUCGAAGCCGUUCCACACGUUCAUGGAGAGGUGCGAAGUGCUGUCUUCGUUCUCGACGCCAGAUAAGCAGUGGCCAGAAGGGUUCAGAGAAAGAGUGGACCACAGACUGUUUAAGCUGCUGGAGGCUAUGCUUAACGUUAACCCGAAGAAGAGACCCUCAGCGUCGGAAAUACUGCAAAACGAAGUCUUCAGCCUUAACAGACUUAACUUGCAGUCACUGUACGACGUGGUGACGAGGUACCCGCAGUCGAUGGAGUCAGUGCAGCUGCUGAACACAAUCUUCUCAAGGAAGCAGCAGUACAAGAAGCUGAGUGACUGCUACAACAUAGCGUCAGGAAGCAACGUGGUGGAUUACGUGAACUCGGAGCUGAAGAUGAUAUACGACAAGGAGUUCAGGUCGAGGAACGUGCUGAGAGUGCAGCCGCCACUACUGAUGAACAUGCCACUGGUGAAGGGAGGAACCGAGGAGAAGUACGUGGAGAAAGGAGAUAACAUGUCAAGAGAAAAGUUGAGAGAGGCUAGUAAGGAGGCGGAAGGGAUGAGAGACGGAGUGGUGGACAGGAAUAGAAUACUGCUCAACGACGGAAGGUGCUGUUACCUGAGGUACUCAGUGCUCUACUCAAUGGCAGAGUGCAUGCCCACAGACCUGUCAAUCAUAAUGAGAAGGCACGCGUACGUGCCAGUGUACUCAGUGUCGCCAGUGGGAGGAGGGUUAGGAUCCUCAGGAGUUAUGACUAGCCUCGGCAGUGGUGCGACAGGUAGAGUGGAAGGAAGGUGGGAAGGAAAGGCGGACAGCAGGUCAGACGGAAGAGGAGAGGCGAGGAGCUUCUACUACUACCUGGGCUACGACAUCCUCGUCGAUUACCUGGUGCUGCUGAGCGAAAACCAGGAGUACGAAAUGGACCUGGACGCAUUCUUCACGUACGAGCUGGUGGCAGUGAGCUCGAGGCCACUCAAAAGGUUCAUUAACUGCACACUGGUGCUUGAAUGGUCGCACCACGAGCUGAUAACGAAGCUCAUGGGCUUCCUCAAGGUGCCGGAAGGAGAAGCAGCAAGAGUGGGCGCGAUGCUGGCGAGCGAAAGCACGGUGAAGGGGAAGGUGCCGGGACUCUCAGAUGAAGUGGGAUCGCUGCUGGCAAGCCUGCACCAGUACCUGCACAAGUUCAAGGGGAAGAUACCGGAGUUUAAAAGAGGGCUGGAGGCGGCGCUGAGCAUGAGCCUGGAAGGAGAGCUCCUGAGUUACCUGAAGGAACUGAACUACUUCGAGAGGUUCCUGGCAGACUUCGACGGAGCGCACUACUUCAGACCAAUAUACGCAGCAGUAACAGGUAGCAAGACAGGGUGUGGUGGCAUGGGUAGUGGUAGUUACACGGGUAGUGGUUUUACUAACGGUUAUAGUGGCAAUGGCGCUUUUAGUGGCAGUGGUGGCGGAGGUUAUACUCGCAGUGGCAGCACUGCCUACAAUUACGGCAGCAAUACCACCUGCGGAGACAUUUUUGAAAAGUACGCCUUUAAGAUGAGCCUGGAAGUGGGAAAGAGGAGCUUCGGAGAGUUCGUGUACGGAGGCUGCUACAACAGGAUAGUAGAGAGCGUCGUGACGAAGAGGCACGCGUUCGGAUUCGAAAUGAACCUGCAGCCAAUAUACGAGUACUUCACGCAAAACACGGCGCAGAACGCGAACCUGAACCCGACCAUGAGGUUCAACCUCAACUACGCGCCGGACGUUAUCAUUUACACGCCGCAGGUUAACCUGAUGGUGACGGCGACGAGCCUGGAAAACAGGUUCUGGAAGCUGGGCCUGAAGUGCUACAGGAAGGCCACGGGCGCAGUGAACACGAAGAAGAUCGCAAGGAUGAAGAAGCUGGGACUCUUCUCGCUGCAGAAGCUCAAGUACCUGAUAACGAUAAAGAGGACGACGGAGGCCCACGAGGUGCAGUACGUGCUGGUGGACAUAGAUCUGGAAAACAAGGAGGUAAGCAGAUGUGCGUUGCACCAUGUGUAG